GCAGACAGAGGUUGUAAACAUGGCGGCGGACGGGAUGGUGCUCACCAACCACGACCAUCAGACCCGAGUGGGGAUUCUGACGGUCAGUGACAGCUGCUUCAAGAACUUGGCUGAGGACAGGAGUGGCGUCAACCUGAAGGACCUGGUCCAUGAUCCCUCACUGCUAGGAGGAGUCAUAUCAGCCUACAAGAUCGUUCCAGAUGAGAUCAAUGAAAUCAAAGAAACUCUUUUGGAGUGGUGCGAUGAACAGGAGCUGAAUCUCAUUCUUACUACUGGAGGAACUGGCUUUGCACCACGAGAUGUUACACCUGAGGCCACCAGAGAGGUGAUAGAGCGGGAAGCCCCAGGUAUGGCUCUGGCCAUGCUGAUGGGGUCACUCAACGUUACACCACUUGGCAUGCUGUCCAGGCCGGUGUGUGGUAUUCGUGGUAAAACUUUGAUCAUCAACCUGCCAGGGAGCAAGAAGGGCUCUCAGGAGUGUUUUCAGUUCAUCUUGCCCGCUCUGCCCCAUGCCAUCGACCUGCUGCGAGAGGCCACGGUCAGAGUUAAAUCCACACACGCCGCCCUGGAGCAGCUGCCCUCCCCUACCCCUCUGCUGGCCAACACGCACGCCAACACUCACGCCGACACCCACACCAUGGAGCGUGGCACCCAGUGUGAGGAAGAGGAAGACGAGGAGGACGACCGGAGGAGAGUUCAACAUGUGCACAACCACCACCAUCCCCAGCAUGGCUCUUCCCACAUCACUGCAGCUGCUAUCGCUGCCAAGACAAGCCAUGCUGUGGUCAUGGCUAAAGGGGGUCCCUAUCUGCCUGGCAGCACACCCACCCCACCCACUCAUUACACCUGUUCCUGUACUCAUGCCCAGCAGAUCCCGGACUCGAUCAUUUCUCGGGGCAUUCAGGUGCUUCCUCGAGAUUCGGCCUCUUUAAGCUCCACCCCUUCCGAGUCACCACGGGCAACACAGGCAACCUCCCGCCUUUCCACCGCGUCAUGCCCGACACCCAAGGUUCAGUCACGAUGUGGCAGUAAUGAGAACAUUCUGAGAGCCAGCCACAGUGCGGUGGACAUCAGUAAAGUGGCACGUCGUCAUCGCAUGUCUCCUUUCCCACUGACGUCAAUGGACAAAGCCUUCAUCACUGUUCUAGAGAUGACGCCUAUUCUGGGAAUUGAAGUCAUUAACUACAGAGACGGUUUAGGUCGGGUGCUCGCUCAGGACAUCUACGCCAAAGACAACCUUCCUCCGUUCCCCGCCUCCGUUAAAGAUGGCUACGCUGUACGAGCUGCUGAUGGCCCAGGAGAUCGCUUCAUCAUGGGAGAAUCACAGGCUGGACAACAGCCCACCCACACAGUGAUGCCAGGUCAGGUGUUGAGGGUGACGACUGGGGCUCCGAUUCCUUGUGGAGCCGACGCUGUGGUCCAAGUUGAAGACACUGAGCUGCUAAGGGAGUCUGCGGAUGGCACAGAGGAGCUGGAGGUGAGGAUUAUGGUCCAGGCCCGGCCCGGACAGGACAUCAGGCCAAUAGGUCAUGACAUCAGGCGAGGGGAGUGUGUGUUGGCUAAAGGAACACACAUGGGCCCAUCAGAGAUCGGCCUGCUGGCUACAGUCGGAGUGACUGAGGUCAGCGUGCACAAGUUUCCUGUGGUGGCCGUCAUGUCCACUGGAAAUGAGCUGUUGAAUCCAGAGGAUGACCUCCACCCAGGGAAGAUCAGAGACUCUAACCGCUCCACUCUUCUGGCCACCAUCCAGGAGCAUGGAUACCCCACCAUCAACCUGGGCAUCGUUGGAGACAACCCUGAUGACCUGCUGUCAGCUCUCCAUGAGGGAAUCAGUCGUGCCGAUGUAAUCAUCACCUCAGGAGGUGUGUCCAUGGGCGAGAAGGACUACCUAAAGCAGGUGCUGGAUAUUGAUCUUCAUGCUCAGAUCCACUUUGGACGAGUCUUCAUGAAGCCAGGUCUUCCUACUACCUUUGCCACAGUUGACAUUGAUGGCGCACGGAAACUCAUCUUUGCUCUGCCAGGUAACCCAGUGUCUGCAGUGGUGACAUGUAACCUGUUUGUGAUUCCGGCUCUGAGGAAGAUGCAAGGCAUUCUGGAUCCUAGGCCUACUAUUAUUAAAGCUAGGCUUUCCUGUGAUGUUAAGUUGGAUCCCAGACCAGAGUACCACCGCUGUAUUCUCACCUGGCAUCACCAGGAGCCCCUGCCCUGGGCACAGAGCACAGGCAACCAGGUAUCCAGCAGGCUAAUGUCAAUGCGUAGCGCCAACGGCCUGCUGAUGUUACCUCCUAAAACAGAGCAGUAUGUGGAGCUACAUAAGGGAGAGGUCGUGGACGUCAUGGUAAUCGGACGGCUAUGAUGCAGACUUCAGUGUCAGUCGCCAACAGUUACCAUGGCAGUGCCAGAACUUCCUGUCUGGACAGGAAAUGGGCGGGGGGCAGGAAGUGAUGCAUGUCUACCUGGUCACCAUUAGCUGUGAUGUCAUAUGCAACAGCCAAUUGGAGCCAGCGCAGGCUGAAUCCUCAUUGGUCUGCUCUGAGGAGAUCACUGUAUUUCAAUGGAGAAAAAAAGAGAAAAGAAAUAUAUAAAAUAUGAGAUUUAUUCUGUAAUAUUAUUACUAUC